AUGCAGCCCACACUAGGUCUACGGUCCAAUUUUGGCAUGACAAGAGAUGGCGUCAAGGGUCAACACCCGUGGAGACAGCCGCAGACGGUAAAAGCUUACAAAAGUCCCUAUGGACCACAGUACAAAAACACAGUCAACUUCUACGGCGUCAACGCGCAAGCCCUGGGAAGAGCAGGCAUCGUCGCAGGUGCCUUUGGUGUCAGCGCCGGCGUGUUCGCCCUUUUCUUCUUCGAUGGUGUCCCGCGCGUGCAGAAGGAUAUCAUCCAGAAGAUCCCAUUCGUCGGCAAGUUCUUCAUCAACGAGAUUCCUCCCGAAGACAACCCAUUCUAG